AUGGCGGCGGAGGGCCUCGCUGAGAUGCCUGAUGUGGAUAUGGAUCCCGAGGGCGUCUUCAAGUACGUGCUGAUUCGAGUCCACUCGAGGCCGCCCUCCGGGGCUCAGGGCGAGGACAGCAAGGAAAUCGUGCGCGGCUACAAGUGGGCCGAGUACCACGCCGAUAUUUAUGACAAAGUGUGUGGCGAGCUGCAGAAGGAGGGUUAUGACUUCGAGUGUCUGGGCGGCGGCCGCAUCUCCCACCAGAGCCAGGACAAGAAGAUCCAGGUGUAUGGCUACUCCAUGGGCUAUGGUCAGGUGGCUGCAGGGUGUAGGCAAGAGUCACCCCCUUUGAGGAGCAGCUCCUGCAUCAACGGAGGCACCAGGAGGUAUGUGCUGGUGUUCACAAUGAGGAAAGGGGAUCAGGUGCCUUGA